CCCCCAGCAAGCUGUAGCCCGCGUGCCGUAGAGAGAAAGGGAGGAGAAGGUAGCGUGUCGAACCACAUGCCGGGCAGAGCUAAGCAGAGGAGGAGCAGCCAAGGAGCUUAGAACUUCUCUAAGUGUCACCUUUUCUGCCAAGCAGGACUCCCCUCCCCACCUGCCUCUCUCACCUGGGCAGCCCCCCUGAGGAGCUGCUUCCCGCUGAACUCCAGCAAGCAUCACUUCUGGGAACAGCUGGAACACUUUCCUCCAUCUCCUGGGUGUCUCAGUCAAGCCACAUCGGGACCAUAUCGGGACCACAAAGUUCCUGCUUUCCAGUGAACCUCGGGAUGGCCAAGAAUGAAGUUGCUUUCAACACCACCAGUAACCCCCUGUUCAACUUCUCUGCUGCUUCCUCACUGACCACAAUCUUCAAUGUGACAUCCACCUCAAAACCAGACCCUUCUGCGAACAUUAUCAGUAAUGCGGUGGGUGCCUUCAUCCUCAGCUUGGUGUUUCUUCUGGGUGUCCCCGGGAACACCUUCAUCAUCUGGAGCAUCUUGGCCCGUGCCCGUAAACACUCGGUCACCACCUUUCUCAUCCUCAACCUGGCCUUUGCUGAUGGCUGCCUGAUGGCACUCACAGUCUUCUUUGUGGUUUACCUUGCCAAGCAAAGCUGGGUCUUCGGGAACGCCAUGUGCAAGAUACUCUUCUACCUGUGCAACACCAACAUGUAUGCGUCCAUCAUGCUCAUCACGCUCAUGAGCUUGCAUCGGCUGGUGGCCGUGGUGUGGCCACACCGCCUGCAUGCCUUCACUGGCAGGAGGACCAUAAUGCGCCUGAUGCUGGGGCUUUGGGUGCUCGUGCUGCUCAUGGCCAUCCCUGGCCUCCUGUUCAGAGAGGAGAAGCUAGACACCAGCAAUAAGGGAAACCCUCGGAAGGUGUGCGACGCCAAGCACACACAGUCCAAGCAGGUGAUCUUCCACUACACCUUUGAGACGGUCAUGGGAUUUGUAGUUCCGUAUGCUCUGAUUGUUGGCAGCUACUCAUGCAUUGUGCGUCGGCUCAGACAGACCAAGUUCCACCGGCAGGUCCGCAGUGAGAAACUCAUCAUGGCAAUCGUUGUGACCUUUGGCCUCUUUUGGCUUCCCUACCACAUUAUCAACAUUAUGCAGGUUGCCUCAGAGCUGUUCCCUCAGGACUCCGCAGUGGAAAAUCGCUUAAAAUCCUGCCGUGUGGUGACAUCUGCGCUGGCCUUCAUCAGCAGCUGUGCCAAUCCCGUGCUGUACACCUUUGCUGGGAAGUCCUACAUCCGGCAGAAUGGCUUGUCCUUCAUGGCGCGGCUGUUCGAGGGCACAGCGCUGGACUACAGGGCCAGAAAGAAGCGGAGGAUCAACCAGACAAAUGAUGGACUUGUCUUGAAGGAAAAGGAGGCUGACUCCUUACCCAGUGACAGCGUGGUGAAGAACAAGGUGUAGCCAGGACUGGGAGCUCUGCUGCCCUCACACGUACAUAGUUCUUCAUGUCGAUGCACUCGAUUGCAUGGAAACAACAUUGCUUGUCUUCAGUGUAAAUGAAUGGGGCACAAUUAAAGACAACAGAAAACAUGUAGAGUGUAGCCCCUACUGGACGCAGCGACAACCAUAUUCAGUAUUUGCCAUCUUUUGUAUGCAUAUAUUUUGUAGACAGGAUUUGCAUGUAUAAAUGUAUGUACAGUAUGUAUAUCUCACAGCACCUCGGUGGUGCAAGAGGAUGUGGGU